GGCGCGGACGGACGCGGCGGGCAGCGCUCCGCUCUGACGCACGCGCCCGAGCGCCGACAGCCACAGUGCAGUGACGGUAACUGGUGUUUAUUGUGUGUGAGGCGAGGGCCACGAUGGCCGAUCCGAGUCGCGACUCUGGUGGUGUCGAAGCUGCAGCUGCCAGGUCGCUCCGGAGAGGAUCGUCCGUCAGUGAGUUGGUCCGGAGCUACGACGACGGAGCGGGGAAGAGAGACCGCUCCGAGUCUGGUGACUCUGUCACCGCGCCGAUGGGUAAGCGCAGGCCGCUCGACCCCUCGCCUCGCAAGGGAGAGGUGAAGGAACUCAUCGAGGAUGCAGUGGAAGGAAUCGAGAGUCGCCUGUCCCUGUUCAUUUCCAAAGAACUACACGAAUUCAAAGCCAGUCUCCAGACAAAAUUUGAUGCUCUCCACGCGCGAAUCAAGGACCUAGAAGAGCACGUGAACGAAAAGGAUCUGGAGAUAGAGAGGAUGUCUACGGAACUGAAAGAAACGCGUGAAGAAAUGAAGAAGCUUAGCGAGAGGAGUGAGAACGCUGAAAUGAACUCGCGAAUCCCGUGCCUGAUUUUGUCCGGCCGAGCAAUGGCGCCCCACCGCAACCCGAGCCUGGCUGCGCCGCUGCGGCCGGCCGCCGGGCGGGCGCCCGGGGGCACGGACUCCGCCGGCCCCAGCGAGGAGCGCGCGGCCGGCGGUGCUGCGCUGGGCGGUGGCGGCGGCGGUGGUGCCGGGGGUGUCGGUGGUGCGAGGUCUGGGGAGGGAACGAGUGAGGAGGAUGUCAACCAGCUGGUCAUCAGAGUUCUGCAAAGCCGGUUCCCGGGCUUGGGCAUCUCUGUAAGCGACAUCGACAGGGCUCACCGCCUCCCAGGACCAAAUCAUCGUGUAAUCGUCCGAUUCGUCCACUCCGGUUCCGGAUCGAUAAGAGAGCGACUCAUGACGAGAAGGAUGGAGCUGCGAGGGAGCAACGACCUGUACAUCAACGAAAGUCUAACCGCCCUGAAGAGCCAGAUUCAGCGGUCUCUGCUGGAGGCUAAGAAAGCGAAAAAAAUCUACACUGUUUUUACCAGACGACGAUCUCGGCUGGUGCAUCGGCUGUGAGUGUCUGCGGCGGCGGCGGCGGCGGCGGCGGGGUCGGACUCUUCUACACGUGCAGUGGGAGCCGAGGAGCUCGAUGUGUGAUCGGCGCCGCCUCUGGUGUGCUUCGGCCGCGGUCUCCGUCGGUGCCGGCGCCCGUCGCUGGCGGCGCCUGUGGCGGUCUGUGCCGGUCGUGCACGUUGCGGCGGCCGUCGGUCCCGCGGUCCACCCGCUGGUGUGGGUGGCCAUGCUGCCGCGCCCCGCGUCUCCGGAUGCCAACUGGCGCCCGCCGAGGGGGCCGUUCUGUCGCGAAUCGUCCGGUCCCGGCCCGAGUUGCAGAUGCAGUGUGGCACCCUUUUCGUGAGUAUGGUCACUGGACGGAUCGGCCGUACCGUAACGCACCAGGAGAAAGCUAUGUCCAAUGUAGUACUAUAUUGUCUCAGCAACACAUACAACAAAGUAGUGCAAAAAGGAAAAUGAAGUUUUGGUUUGGAGCAAAGUUCAGCACCGCGUCUAAGGUCGAGAGACAAACACUAACAUUUUAUGAGAAACAUUAAAAUUGCAUCAGUAAAUGUCCGGGGUCUGGGAGGCCAAGAGAAACGCAGAGAUGUUAUGCAUUACCUGAGAACUAUGAACUUUGACAUUAUCUUCCUUCAGGAUACUCACCUCACAGAAAAUAAAGUUCAGUUUCUAAACUCGCUGUGGCGGGGUAAGACAUACCAUUCUUGCUUCACAAACAACAGUAGAGGAACCUCAAUUUUGAUCGACAAAGGUCUUCAACAUACCAUGCUCUUUGAAUUCGUUUGCAGGAGAGGUAAUUAUGUUAUUAUUGGAUGUAAAAUAGGGUCAGACACAUAUGUGUUUGGGUGCAUAUACGGUCCAAACAAAGACGAGCCAGAAUUUUAUCGGGAAAUAGGCGAAAAACUGGAAAGUGUCGAAUGCGAUCACAUCAUUUUGGGUGGAGACUUAAAUUUUGUGAUGAAUUAUCAAAAAGACUGUCAUGGAUAUGUUCGAGAAAAUAAUAUUAAUG